GAUUCACCCUCCGAGGAACAAGGACAGAGCCAUCGGCGUUAACAACUCGACUCACUCCGUCUCUCUCUUUCUCUCGCAUCUGAGUAUCUGACUCUGACAGCACACGCAGUGCUCCGGACGAAGACGGAACUAAGUACGACAGCAGGCAGCGCGCUGCGGGGGGGGAGCGAGACAGUAGACAGAGCAGCACAACCCACAUAUCGCAGGCUAUGGAAACGGAGAAAGAGACCGUCGAGGCAGCAGCAGCAGCAGCAUCGUCGUCGUCCAGCAGCAGCACACAUUGAAUACAUGCGCUCGCCUCUGUCUCUCUUCCGCGCAGCAGCAGCAGCGCAGCGGAGAGUUCCUCGGUAGUUCCAUCGUCGCGUUCAGUGCCAGGCUAUAGUGUGUGCGUGAGUGCCGUAUAAGCGAGUGUGUCGGCCGAGCCGUCGAGCAGAGAAAGAGAGAGAGCGAGAGCCGCAGCGCAGCGACUCUCGGAGCGGAGCAGAGCAGAGCAGCAGCAGCGCGCCUGCAUGACACGUACGGGGCGUGUACUUUCCGGGGGCUUUUCGCUCUCUCGCGCUGCACCGCCGCUCGACGAGAUCCUAUUGUUAUUUACAGCUGCUACUGCCUCGUAGUUCGCAGUAGGCUGUUCGGUUCGCGAUUCGCGCAUCCGGACAACACACGCGCUCUCGGCCCAGCCUGCAGCAAGGAUAGGUAUACUUACCUAAUAUACACCGAAGAGUGUCGAGUGUCGAUAGCCCUCCCCCUCCCCCCCGCCCGCAGCAGCAGCAGCAGUCCUCCACUGCUCUUUCGUCGUGUGGUGCACUCUCUCGCUGUAUGUGUCUCUGUGCGUGCGCGUGAGUGUUGCAGCGCACAGCGGAGAGCAGCAGAGUGCUCCGAAGAUGCCGCGGAGGCCCUCGCCGGCUGGGAAGCUACCUCGGGCCAGCAGCAGCAGCUCCUUCUCCGCAGUUCCGUCGUCCUCCUGCUGCUCCCAAUACUUCAGCCUCUGAGGAAUACCCAUAGAAAGAGAGAGAUAGAGAGAGAGAGAGAGAGAGAGAGAGAGAGAGAGAGAGAGAGAGAGAAAGAUAGGGAGAAAGAGGCCCACGGGAGUGUGAGAGAGAGGGAGACAGGUGUAGAAAACGACGACAGCAGCCGUGAACUUCGCCGCUGGCGCGCGCAUGCCUCCUCCUCCUCUGCAGCAGCAGCACCACGCACAGUUUAAUUUCGCCAUUUUGGAGGUCCUCCAAGGCCCAUUGAGUGCGGAACACUGUUAGCCUCUUUGGGGGAUGCGGCUUCACUGCCAAUUGUUCAGGAGUAUUGCCUCUGCAGCAGACAGUCUCCUCCGGGGGAGACACCUUGACAGGAGGAUUUGUGUUGGCAUGGAGCUCGCCUUGGAUUGUCACAAAUCUCUCUAAAUGCUUUGCCAAGCGACCUACGGACAGCAGGGUGAUGGACUGACAGAGGACAGCAAGCUGGCACAGGUUUGGGUAGAGGAGCAGCAGCAGGCCUCCUCGACCGCCACUAAGCAGGACAGGCGAGAGUCGAAGCUGGAAGUCGAGGCGAGCAACAACGAGGGUGGGGGUGGCGGCGGCGGUGGAGGCGGCCACAGAGGGAAAGGCAAUCUGGGCCGGCCGCGGGACAGCCAGAUUAUGCCGGUGGUACCGAGGCCGGGCAGCCUCAAGGACCCGGAGAUCUCCGAGCUCUUCGAGAAGAACGACCCGGAGAAGAUCUUCGAGGACCUGAGGGAGAUCGGCCAUGGCAGCUUUGGCGCGGUCUACUACGCCAGAUGCCUCCUCACCAAGGAGAUUGUCGCCAUCAAGAAAAUGUCCUAUCUCGGCAAGCAAACCAUGGAGAAGUGGCAGGACAUACUCAAAGAGAUCCGCUUCCUCAGACAGCUCAAGCACCCCAACACCAUUGAGUACAAGGGCUGCUAUCUCAGGGACCACACUGCCUGGCUCGUUAUGGAGUACUGCCUGGGCUCAGCGUCGGAUAUAAUCGAGGUGCACAAGAGGCCGCUGAAGGAGGACGAGAUCGCUGCCAUCUGCGAGGGCGUGUUGCGCGGUCUUCACUACCUGCACUCGCUGGGCAGGAUUCACCGAGACGUCAAGGCCGGCAACAUCCUGCUCACCGAGAAUGGUACCGUCAAGCUCGCGGACUUUGGCUCUGCGAGUGUCAAGUGCCCUGCCAACAGUUUCGUCGGUACUCCCUACUGGAUGGCACCCGAGGUCAUACUGGCCAUGGACGAGGGCCAGUACGACGGCAAAGUCGAUGUUUGGUCUUUAGGUAUCACCUGCAUCGAAUUAGCUGAACGGAAGCCGCCUUACUUUAAUAUGAACGCAAUGAGUGCUCUCUAUCAUAUUGCCCAAAACGAAAGGCCGACGCUCAACUCGGCCGAGUGGACGGACGUAUUCCGUCAUUUCGUCGAGGUCUGCCUUACUAAGAGUCCUAGCGAGAGGCCAACUUCCGGGAAAUUGUUAUCGCAUCAAUUCGUGACGAGAACGCGUUCGCCCCAAGUUUUGAUAGACCUUAUAGGAAGAACGAAGGCCGCCGUUCGAGAGUUAGAUAAUUUGAACUAUCGCAAGAUGAAGAAAAUUCUUAUGAUCGACACCUGUGAAACUGAAAGCCAAGUUGGUGAUGCCGAUGACACUCCCGACGAACAAACAGGUGGCGAUAGCAGUAAGAGUAACAGCAUCACCUCGGAGCACUCGAUCCACUCUAUGGGUGUGUCAGCUAGCUCGCAGAGCUCCUCGACCAACAGCCUACCAAUGCAAAACGCUGAUGCUAACGACUACAGCGGUUCCGUGAGGAAUCGCCACAAGAUGUCUGCUGGUGUUACUGCUAAUUUGCUUGAGCAUGGGGCGAAUAACUUUGCCACUAUCAGGACGACGUCGAUCGUGACAAAACAACAGAAGGAGCAUAUGCAAGAAGAGAUGCACGAGCAGAUGAGCGGCUAUAAGAGAAUGAGACGAGAACAUCACGGAGCACUGGUCAAGUUGGAGGAGCGAUGUAAGAUAGAAGUUGAAACCCACAAGCAACAGCUUGAGAAGGAGUAUGAAAGUCUAAUGCAGCAAUUCAGUAAAGAAUUAGAGAAAUUGCAGGCCAGACACCACCAAGAGCUCGAUCGAAAGGCAAAACAGAAUCAAAACGCGGAGAAGAAACUCCACAAAGAGAUAACAAGUAGGCACGAAGCCGAUCGUAAAGCUCUCGAAACUCAGCAGAAGCGGGAAUAUAAGGCUUACAAAGAAAGGUGGAAAAAGGAACUUUCGCAGGACGAGGUUACGCCAAAGCGACAACGAGACGCUACUCUUCAAAGUCAAAAGGAUAGUUUAAGACAGAUGGAAGCUCAAGAGGAGCAGCGACUCGCACGCGGACAGCGGGAAUACCUCGAUCUUGAAAUUCGAAAGUUCCGCAGAAAAAAGCUACUCAACUUCAAUAGCCUUGAGCAGGAGCUCCUUCGAGAAGAACUGAAUAAAAGACAGCAACAGCUAGAGCAAGCUCACGCUAUGCUUUUGCGCCAUCAUGAAAAAACGCAAGAGUUAGAGUAUAGACAACAAAGAGCAGUACAUGCUCUUCGCGAGGAUCAAAUCCAUCGGCAGCACUCCACAGAACUUAACAAUCAGCGAGAAUAUAUGCACCGUGCUGAACGUGAUCUGCGUAAAAAGCAUGCGCUUGAGCUUAAACAACAACCCAAAAGUCUGAAGCAAAAGGAGAUGCAAAUAAGAAAGCAAUUUAGGGAAACGUGUAAAAUACAGACGCGCCAAUACAAAGCACUGAAGGCCCAAAUAUUGCAAUCGACUCCGAAAGAGGAGCAAAAGACUGUAAUUAAGAAGUUAAAGGAGGAACAAAGGCGGAAACUAGCACUUCUGGGAGACCAGUAUGAGCAGAGCAUCGCCGAAAUGCUGCAGAAACAGAGUAUUCGCCUGGACGAAUCGCAAGAGAUAGAGUGUCAGAUCCUUAAGCAAAGACUAAAUCAUGAGUUAGAGAUCCUGAUGGCGUAUCAGUCGAAGAACAAAAUGCAAGCAGAAGCCCAGCGUGAGCGUGAGCGACGCGAGCUCGAAGAUCGCGUAUCUGUGAGACGGGCUCUGCUUGAGAAGAAACUCGAGGACGAGACGCAGAAAAUUCUGCACGAGCGCAGUGAGCGAAUACGACUGCUACAAGAGAAGCAGGAGCGUGAUCUGCAACAGUUUGACGAGGAGAGCGCGAGGAUUGGCUUCAGUGCACUGGCAAUAGCCGAAGCUUCGAAAGAGUCUUAUCCGGAUGACGAGAGCCUCAGCGGUUCAAUGUUAAGCCUGGCUCACAGUAAUAGCUCUACAUCUUUUCCCCCUAAUAGUCUCUAAUCUUAAUAAUUCGUGUUAAAAUGUAAUGUCCGCCUGUAAUCCCGCGAAUAUGAAGUUCGUUUAACAUAUAAUGCAGGCCUGGUCGACGAUUCGCUAGAAUUCGGGUAUGCGUAUUGGAUCUAAAGCACGCGAGAAAAUAUUCUUUCUGCCUACGGCCAAGUUAGAUUUGUCUCUCUGUCCCUAUCCUCAUUUCUUUUUAAUAUUAUUUAAAUAAGGAUAAUUUUUUUUCUUGUAUAAAUUUGAAACUCAUAAUAAUCUUUGUAGAUAUUUUUCUUUUCAUUUUUUUCUUGUGAAUUAUUGCAUUUUUGAUAAGCGACAUUUUAUUGCACGCUUGAAUCCACUUGGAUACAGGAUUUUAUUUCGUCUACAUUUAUUUGUUUAGAUGUCGCUUUUCGAAAAUUCAAAAACGUCUGUUUAUAAAUUACGUGCAUAAAAAUAUUUUUAUUUUUAAGUAGAAACGCUUGUUCGAUUCAAAUUAUUGGUAUGCGUUUGAAUCGUGCAAGUUGCACACUAUAAUACAUCGAAAUUUUAUAAUGAAAAAAAGGAGCUCGUUUGACAGAUUGUGUUCUGCAACAGAGAAACCUAGCAGUGACGUUUUACCGUACAGUGAUGACUUUUGUAAAUACCUUGGCCAUUGAUCGAUUAGCUAUUAGAUCGUAAUUUUACGUGGUACGUACAUAUAUGUGUAACACCUAAUUAUGUUUUCUUAUCAUUCAAAAAAAUUAAUUGAAGCUGUUAGGAUGUCGAUUUUUUUAUAAAAAACGUAUGCAUAUAUAGAUAUACCUAUAUAAAUAUAAUUGAUAAUGCUAUAUUGAAACUGAACCGAUAUAACGAAGAUACAGUAAUUACUAAUGAAAUUUCAACGGAGUGCUGAGUCUCUUGAUUAUCACGAUCUAACAUUUUUUUCUUUUUUUACGCCCACAAUAAACAUCAAAUUACGAAGAGCGUUGCCUUUUUAAAAAGCCCAUUAUCUACAAAUCGUAGUAAAGUUUUUCUGAAAAUGUUUGACAUGCAUAAAUAUGUCUUUUUUUUUUAAUAUCCACACGGUCUUCCAACUUAUGACUAUCCUUUCGUAUAUAAAUAAAUGUCAAGAUAUAGUGGAGUUCAAAACCUUGGCAGAUUAAAAAAAAAACGCCUUCGAGCGUAAAACUUAACCGUAAGAAAUUUUAUACACGAUAUCUAUUUUAUACAAUUAUAUGCAUUUGAUUGUAACUCAGUACGAUAAUAUUAAAUCUAUUCCAAAGAUUACUCUUGAACUUGUAGAAGAGCUAUUAAUGAAAAUUGAAUGCGUCACUGUGUAUAGUUGUAUGAAAUCGUAUUCGAUUAUUCCCUAGCGAAUCAAACAUACAAAUUUAGCGUCCAGUGAUGCUUGAAACAUUUCCACGCGACACUUGUUCACUUGCGCUUUAAUCCAGUACACAUCCCGACUUAAGCUAUGAAAUGCAACGUGCUCUAAAACUUUUACAAAACAAAAAAAAAAUAACGGACUUUUUAAUCUCACUCGCUCUUUCUCAAUGGAAAGGGAAACAUUUUUAUACGCAAAUAUAAUUAUCAUUAAAAAGUAUUCUAUAAUUAUUACUUUAACAUUACAAAGUAUCUAACUGAAGAUAAUAAAAUAAAAGCGAUGUGACGGUCGAAUAGGUGAUUGUGACAGUUUUACAUACCAAUGGUGCGGAUUUCUGUUAAUUAUUUAUAAAGAUAGAAAGGACUUCUGAAAAAUAGUAGACUUACGAAUCAUUAGUCGUAUAUCGUUUGAUUUCAUUGAAUUCUUGUAAGAGUCUUAAGUCGUUAUUAUACUUUUAUAAAUCGAGUGAAAAAAGGAUAAAAAAUUAUGUUAUGCUUUAGCAUAAGAUUAGAAAAUUUAAACAUAGAUGUAUGUGCAAAAAUUUCCAUGAUGCUAUUGAACUUUGCUGUUCUUCAUUUUGUUGUCUAUAUAGUGCCAAUUGAAUGAUAAUGAUUUUAGAUUUGAACAUUUUUGUACAUCACUUAUACGUGAGCUGUGUACAUUAGAAAGCAAGAAAAUAGGGCUGAGUUAGAGCGACACCCAUUGGAAAAAUUUAUUGUAAUUAAAAAAAGUAAAGGAAAAUAGUAUUCAUAAUUUGUUGAAAAUGCUGAAUAGUUAUAUACCUAUGUAGUCUUUAAGUGAUCGAUAGGGAAGGAAAGAUAAAAAGAAAAAGAGAAUAUGAAAGUACUGAAUUAACUAAAUUAGUAAAAGAAGUAAUCAGUCAGCAAAUUUAUAUAUGCUUGAAUUAAAUCAAAAAGUUCUUGAUUGUGCGAUAGAACAACGAAGAAAUUUUUCCAGAGGGUCGAGUUUGGAAUCCAUAAAAAGACAAACUUUGAGUAAAGUUAACAUGAAAGUGUCACAAUCAGCCAAUCAUGUAUUUAAAUGAAAAGAAAAGAAAAAAUAGACUAUGCAGUCCUGCUUAUUGCGAUUAUCACGUCUCUUGUUAUCAAAGAGAAAAUCGGUAGUAUUUAUUUAUACAGAAUCGACGAUGAACCACUCGAACUGGUUAAAGAAUUACGCUGAAAACUCUAUUUUAAUAUUCUAUAUUUAAACUAAAAACUGAAAAUAGUACAACUGCCGAUACUAUUUUUUGUAAUUUGAAACUAUACAAUUAUAUUUUAUUUUUAUCUAUCAUUUAUUACAUUAUAUGCAUGUGCAAUUUUUACACGAAAUCUAUUUUACUCUUUUUAUAUUUUUUUCUAAAAACGAAUUUCAUUCACGAUUGAUACACUAUGAAUGAAAAUCUCCUCGUGCACACGCGUUAAUCAGCAAAAGGGGACAAAUGAAAACAGGAUGUCAACUCGAAUUCAAUCUGAAUUUCCAACGAGUAUCAGCGUAGUUCUUUUGUAUUUACUUAAUUGCUUAUGUACAUGUUACACUUGUAAUCUAUAGCGAUCGUCAUGAAGCAAAAGACAAAAGAAGACGAAGCGAAAGUUGUGUGAAAGAAAGCGAGCUCGGAGUUCCGAUCUCCAAAAGCUCGAAACAGCAAGCUCUAUCGAAUAUGUAAUAGAUAAAAGGAAAUUAUUAUUUCAGCGUUUCGCUAGUUUGUACUGUAUAUAAAACAAAUAUUGACUAUAUACGCGUGCGUGCAUACGUGUAAUAUUCGUAUGUCUCUUGAUCGUUAAAGAAAAGGUAAACUAUAACGAAAAGUCACUUUAAACUCAUUAAAACUUUGAGGUUUUGCUGCGUAUAAUUUAAAAUCGUGAAAAUGCAGUCAAUUAUAUGUAACGAGUAACGAUUGAUCGUCUUCAUUUUUGUAGAUUUUUUUUAAGUAAAGCAGUCAUCAUUUCAAAUAAAGAAAUAUUUGAAGCACUUGCACACGUUCUUUUAUUCAGCUAUUUAUAUGAGCAAUGUCUAAAUUCCUCCUAUUAUGCAAAGGACAAUGUAUUUUUGAAUGGGUUUUAAAGUGACUUUAUCGCGUUUAAAAAAAAUAUAUAUAUAUUCAGCCAAAGAUAUGAAAAUUUUGUCCAGCUCGCUGUGCUUCUUGUAUGUAAUAUGCAAGAGAAAGAUGAAAGCGCGUUUCUUGUUAAUGUCCAUUUUUUUGUCAAGGAGUUGCUGGGUUUUUUUCUUCAUUGUAAAUUCCAAAUCGAUAAUGCGUGUUUCGCGAACUAUUCUGCGUAAAUAUUUUCUUCUUGUUUUAGCGCCCCGGAGAGGAGAAAUACAUGUUCGAAGGCAUGUAUACGUUUUAUAAAAUAUUCACCCGAUAAAAGUGUAUGGGCUUAUGUUUGUUUUUUUCUACUUUUGAGAUGAUAAUUUGACUGUAUAAAAAUAAUUAAAACAAUCAAUUUUUCAUAUCUAUAUGUAUUAUUGAACUGUUUAAUAUAAAGAAAAAAUGAAAUAUAGUAACCAUGAAAUUUUUAUCCGGGGAUUUGUUAAUCAUUUCAUCUUGAAUUCUCGUGCGUCAUAUUUGCGAAUCUUCGCAGCGUUGUGUCGAUAUAAAUGUGUGACUAAAACACAUUUUCCAAUGGAAAACUAAAUCAUAAAAGAAAACUUUUAUACAUAAGUAGCAAAAAAUAUACAAAAAAUUAAGGAUAAAUAAUUGCAAAGGCAAAAAAACAAGAGGAACCCUCUCUAACAAUAUUAGUUAAAGAAAAAAGUAAUAAAAGGUAAACACACGUUAGAGAUAAUUCUGUACGGUUUUUGUAUAAUUGCAGUGAUCUGAAAGAGAAGCAAAGAAAGAUAAACAAACAAACAAAAAAGAAAAAAAGAAGAAAUCUGUGUAAUGUUGAACAGCGUGUAUCUAUAAGCAUUGAGUUAUAUUAUAAGUCCCGCGUACACCUACAAACACACGUGAAAAUGCGCUUGACGAGAGUACGAGGCAAAAGUCAAUGCCCCUCACAUCCCGCGAACACACACAUAUACACAUCUGAUGAUGAUUGUGCAUGUUACGGUUUGGUGCCAAUCAAACUGUAAUUUAUGCGUCGAAGGCAGAGAGACGAGGCGACGACGGACACUUGAUUGUAAUGAACGCUGAGCGACAAUUUUUCUCUGAAAAGAAAGUGUGUGUGACUACGGAUUUUAAAUGUUGUCUAUUACUACUAGAAGUACAAGGACGCGCACAUACUACACCGAAAAUAUGGAACACGAGAAAAGAGAGUUCAAUGAGAGAAAGAGCAAAGAUAUGAAGUAAAUAAUUAAUUAAAUAAACCUCUGUAGCUAAGUAACCGAACGAAAAAGAAACACAAAAAAAACUAAUAAGACAAAAAACAUAGUCGGACACUUUUGACCGGUUUUAAUAAUUAUGAUAAUUAUUUUUAUCCUUAAGUUUAGGUAGAGCAUAAAAUACAUUUUCUAACUUGAAUAAAAAGUAAAGAAAGAAUGAACAAAAAAAUAAUAUUAAUAAAAAAAUAAUAAUAAUAGUAAUAAUGUAAUGAAACGAGCAAAGCACUCGCACCGCGCGAUUCGAAGAUGAAGCCGAGUGCACGCCCCGCAACCGUCAAUGGAGCGUCGAAAGAGAAUUCGGCGAAAGAAUAAAAAAAGAAGAGUAAAAAGAACAGAAAAGGGGGAGCGAGAAUAGCAGCUCCUUGCAAACCCGCUACGUCGAUUAGAUAAUAAUAAAAAAAA